GGAUUCCUAACACCCGCGAAAUCACUAGUAAUAUCUUCUCCCUCCCGCCAAAUUUCAAGGCAAAAUCCAGACUUUCAUUCUCUCCAAUAGUCAUUUAAUUAUUUUGAUCCCCAUCUAAUCUUUAAGCAUUUACAUUAAUAUCCUUAGAUCUACCCUAUUUAACCGAAGACCAAAAUAAUAAUGGAAAUGAAAUAUAAUCCCUAAAUGCAUAAACCUAUUCUCCUUUAUAUGACAAUUGAAAGAAACACUUUCUGCUGAACCCUUAAAGGAAUCCGGUCGAAAUCGAGGGUAUGGAAAAAUCUAAUGGUAAAGAAAAAGGGUUAAAGAAUUUAGUAUGGACACAUCAAAUGGAUAGAGUACUUAUAGACACAUUGACUGAACAACUUGCAUCGGGUAACAAAGGAGAUACUGGUUGGAAAGGAUCAUCAUAUAGAGAAGUAGUGAAACGAAUGGAUCAAGAACUGCAACUUACAAUCUCUGUUGAUAAUGUGCGAAAUCGUUUGAAAAUAUGGAGAAAUCAUUUUAUUGCUGUCAAAGAAUGUCUUUCUCAUACUGGGUUUGAAUGGGAUGAUGCUUUGAAGAGGAUUACAGCUUCGCAUACUGUAUGGGAUGAACACCUAAAGACGAAUAAGAAGCAUGCUGUUUAUCGAACUAAACAUUUUGCAAAUUGGGAUGAAAUUGUCCCACUUGUUUGCCAUGAUCAUGUCGUUAGGAAUCAAGGGAAGACUGCUAAUGGAUGUAAUGAAAAUGGUAUCAUAGGUGGCAAAAGUGUGAAUGAGGGAAGUCCAGGAACUGGAAAUAACCUCAGUAUUGAGGAUACUAUGGAGCAUGAUGCUAAUGUAUUGGGUGAUGAUACACCCAAAUCGACUCCAUCUCCAAAUACAAGUUCUUUAAUGUCACAAGGAGGAAGUGAUCCAUCACAUGGAAGAAGUGGCUUGUUGAAGAGAAAGAGAAUCACUAAGGGCAAAUCCGACAUAGCUUCAGCAUUAGAAUCAAUAGCAGAGAGUAUGAAAAGUGUAGCCGAUGCUAUGGUAGAGCGUACCAAGACAAAGACAGUGGAUGUGAAUGAGUUGCUUAGAGAAUUAAGGAAGGUACCUGGUAGUAACUCCAUGGUACUGUUCGAAGUAGCUGAAUACCUAAUGAGUGACUUUCAAAGAACUAGUUUAUUUCUUGCUUUAUCGGUGGAAGAACGGAAGAUGUGGCUGACUAAGCGGUUCACUGCAAAUGGUCAAUCGCUGUAAUGUUUGAGCGUCAAUUCAUUACCUUGACAAAGGAGGUUAGCCAGAUGGAGCAUUUUUUAGUUACAAGCUUAAGGUUUUGCAUCUUCGAUUCUUGACCCUUCCGGAGACAACAUUAGAUCUUUUUAUGGUCUAACCCUGUGGAUACUCAGGUUUUGGUAAUCAAAAUGUUUUCAUUUUUCAUUAGUCUACCAAUGCUUGUUUCUAUUUUGUUUAUGAGAUAUAUCAACCAGGUUUUCACUGACUUUAGAUACUUGAAUGUUUGCACACACACAAAAGAAAUGCAACUCCUUUUGCAACUUUUCUAUUCUUGUUGUGGCCAACAAAGUCUCGUAUGCUUUUGGUGUCCUUAUCUGUUGGCCUGCUUUUACAGAUAUUGGCUUUUAAUCAAAUCAAUCACGGAUUUUCUUGGAACUUUAGUUACUCUGAGAUAUCAAAUGUCUGACCACUAAUACUUGAAUGAUGCAUGGAUAUAUCAACUUAAGAGGACCAAAAUGAAGCAACACUUACAAAAUAACACAAUGUCUCAAAUAUGAACUCCGCUUUAUUGUUCACAAACAUACAACACCUUGCGGCUGUACCAAGUUAACGCCUAAUUUCAAUCUGAAUCUUCCCUACACAUAAUUUAUGACUAUCUAAAAAGAAAA